UGGGCGGCCCAUGGGUUUCCAGAUGAUACGGGCAUUUUCGACUUUUGGAAAAAUCUUCCAAAGGACUUUUGCCACCGUAAAAAUGAAUCCUCUUUCUCCUGCCCAGUUGCGCCUGCUCCCUGGUCCAAGCUGUUUUUUUGACGAGCCAGUUCAAGUAAAGGUGAACGGUUUAUCUCCACAGCAAAAGGUAGAGUUGAGAUGCAAAGUCACAGACGACAAAGGUGUCGUCUAUAACUCUUCAGGAACGUACCUGGCAGACCACAACGGGGAGGUGGACGUGAGCAGCCAGCCGUCCCUGGCUGGCAGCUUUACUGGUAUUGAACCAAUGGGCUUGUUUUGGUCCUUGAAGCCUGACCAGCAGCACAGUAAAUUAACGAAGAGGGACGUUGUGAGCCCGAUACAGUUUCUUUUUGAGGUGGUCAGUGGUCACGGAGAGGUCCUUGCUCAAGAAAUCAACACCAGGCGGUUUAUGGCUGACGGUGUUCGAAGGAUACCAGUAAAAGACGGCAGGAUACGUGGAUGUCUGUUCUUGCCACCUGGUCCUGGUCCGUUUCCUGCAGUUAUAGAUAUAUAUACUUUGGGCGGCGGCAUAUCAGAAGUACGAGCAUCAUUACUGGCAAACAAAGGUUUUGUUGUUUUGGCCCUGGCUUACUAUGGCUACCAGGAUUUACCCAAAGCAGUGAGCAAACUGGACCUGGAGUACUUUGAAGAGGCUGUAACAUUCUUGCAGAAAUUGCCUGAGGUGAAAGGUCCUGGAAUUGGAGUUUUGUCUAUUUCAAAGAGCGGAGAACUGUCACUGGCGAUGGCAUCUUUCCUGUCAGGCAUUUCAGCUGUAGCUUGUAUUAACUCCUGUAGUGCCAAUGUGCUAUUUCCCCUCCAUUAUAAAGACAUGGUCAUCCCUCCCCUUCCAUCCGACAUUAAAAGAGCCUUCAUUACGGAGUCUGGUAUUGUAGACAUCAGAGACACGCUGGCAGACGCAGCAGCUGAAGAAAAUCUUGCCUGUGUGAUUCCGGUCGAGCGAACCAACUGUAACAUCUUGUUUCUGGUGUCAGAAGACGACAGGAAUUGGAACAGUCUCUAUCAUGCUCAGCUGGCCACCAAGCGACUGAGGGAUCAUGGGAAAGCUAAUUACGAGAUAAUCACGUACCCCAAAGCAGGUCACUUCCUAGAGGUUCCUUAUAUGCCGCACUGCCCCUCAGGAUUCCAUGGUGCCGUGGGGAAAGUAGUGAAUUUUGGGGGUGACCCCAAAACUCACGCAGAGGCCCAGAUAGAUGCUUGGAAGAAGAUCCAGGAGUUCUUCAAGAAAAACCUGGGCUGUGUCAGUGACAGUUAUCAAUCCAUGCUUUAACACGCACAUUUAUAUUCACAUUUACCCAUUUAGCAGAUGCUGUUAUCAAAAGUGGAAUGACUGUUCUUUUACUUAAAUUCAUCCAGGUUUAAUGAAGUUCCUCCACGUGUUUCAUUAACAUGCAUACAUUCUAAUAAGUGAUGAACAGGAGUGGACAGUGCCUUAAUUAUUACAAUUAUUUAGAGACCCUGUGACCAUUUAGUUUUGGCCUUUUUACAGAGGAAUUCUAGUAGUUUCAAUGAGACAGUUAACCUUAUAGUUUAUUAUGGAAAAUAUUUAUUUGUUUCAGGAGUCCAUAUGGGUCAGUGCUUAGAGUAAAUUCAACUUAUGCACUGAGAUUAUUUUGUUUUAUGUUGUUGAUUGCAUGCAUUUCUAAAGAAGUAAAUAAAUAUAUAUAUAUAUGUUGAAUGGUAUUAACAGUACUCAUAUAGAGUAAGUGAUCAAUUUACAGAUUAUUAUGAUGAUCUGUUUGAUGAAACAAACUUGUACCUUUGCAUUAAAUAAUUAAUGCUUUCCUGUUUCAGUAGUUCACACACAUUCACAU